AUGAGUUCUAUUAGCUGGGAUAGAGAUGGUUUGCUCGAUGCUAAAUCCGGAUCUUUAGUAAGAUUAUUGGGUCAAAAAAAUGUAAAAAACCUUGAUUAUUCGGAAUUUACAAAACCAAAACCAAUUGGAAAAGGUGUUACCGCAAUUGUAUAUUCAACUACUUCUCGGAGAAAAUACUAUGCUCUAAAAAGUUUAAACAAUAAUCUUGAUAUGGAUAAAAGAAAACUCAAACAGCUUUCUCAAGAG